UAUCUCUCAGAUAUUCCCAAAAUCAUGACUCUUCUUGAGGUGAAAAUUCUUUUGUCCUGUGUUUUUCUGAUAUACACCAACGUGGAAGCGGCUCGAUCGCCAAAGCCUCUGGCUCACAUCGAGGCCACCGAGAAAAAAUUAACUGACUAUCGCGUUGGGCAAGCAAUUAAAGACUGGGAUGCGGGAAAUGUGCACAGUCAUCUCGAGGGCGGCAUGAAAUACAGUAAUGGACGUCUGAUUGUGCCUCAAGAUGGAGAGUAUUAUGUCUACGCACAACUGUACUUUCGCAGCAGUGGGAGAGUGCUGAUUCUCAAGAAUCACCACGAAGUUAUCACCAUACUUCAACAUUCCCACAACGUACCAGAAGGACCCCACUAUGCAGGGGGAGUGUUUUAUUUUAAGGCUUAUGACACCAUAGAAUUACAAACCGCGAGACCUGUCUCACUUUACAUGUCGAGUUUUCACUCUUACUUUGGAGCGUUCCUGAUUCAGUGA